GAAACCAUGCACCGCACAGAGUAAGCUCUCAAACUCUCUUUUGAUCGGAGCCAAAUUCUCUCAAAUUCCCAAACCCAACAUCAUAACCUAAAGCAACCACCUUUAUCAGCUCAAAUUCCUCAUUCGCUUCAUUUUCCGGUCGCCGUUUCAGCUUCUGAGUUUUUUGGCGCCACUUUCAGGAACCGCCAUUGGGGUUUGCGGAAAUUGCAAUGUUCGUGAUUCUCAGUGUUCAUGUGUGCUAACGGUAUCAGCGCUGCUGUGGAGAAUUAAGAACCUUAAUUCCUAUGCUUGGUUUAUAAGAUAUUGUAAUUGAAGAGAGCAACUUUAUACUGCACAUUUAUGCCAAGCACUAGCAAUGCUUGAAUAUACUGAAGCAAAGAUAGAAGAGGAGUUAGUGGCUAUUUAGAGAAAUAAACUGCCAAACAUGGAAUGUAAUAAAGAUGACGCCAUAAAGGCUAAAGAGCUUGCCGAGAAGACGCUACUUGAGAGGGACCUAAGCAGUGCAAAGAUAUUUGCAAAGAAGGCGCAAGACAUGUAUCCUAAUCUUGAUGGCCUUCGUCAAUUGCUGGCCACUAUUGAGGUGUAUGCUUCGGCUGAAAAAAAGGUUAAUGGUGAAGUUGAUUGGUACAGGGUCCUUGGUGUUGAACCAAUGGCAGAUGAUCAAACAAUUCGAAGACAUUACAGGAAACUGGCUCUUAUUCUGCACCCUGAUAAAAAUAAAUCGGCAGGGGCAGACGGGGCAUUUGAUCUUAUCACACAGGCAUGGACUUGUUUGUCUGAUAAUGCCAAGAGAGUCGAGCAUGACCAAAAGCGCAACUUCUCUGGCAUAUAUUGUGGGAAACCGUCUGCACCUGCUCGUCAGAGUGGUUUCUUUGGUAACUUAAAUGCUGCUAACUGGAAGAAUAGAGAUCAAGGGAGUGCUACACAUCAAACUCAAACUACAAGACCUCCCACGUCGAUGAACCCGACAUUUUGGACCAUGUGCUUGUCCUGCAGGACAAAGUUUGAGUACAAUGCUCAUUUUGUCAACUGCAGACUUACCUGCGUCAACUGCAACAAGACCUUUGUAGCUUCUGAGGCAUCGCCCCCACGUGUAUAUAGAAAUGCUUCAUCUACUUCAAGCAUUUCUCAGAUGAACCAAAAUAACCUUAACAGAAUGGGAGCAAACUGUCAUGUUUAGUCUCUCUUCAUGCCUGGUGGCGUUUCGAGAAUGCCGUCAUUUUCUGCUGCUGCUGAAACUCCUGGUGUUUUCAAAGUUCCAUCUGAUACUUUGAAGAGGGCAUGUGAAGCUUCAACACCCGACAAUGCCCUUGCUGCUGAGUUUACUGGUGUUGCAGGUUCAACAUUUCAUUCCUGUUCAUUUGGUUCAAAUUCUUCUCUGAAAGGAGAUGGGCCAAGGAAAAAAAUCCGCAUAAGUGAAUUCAAAGUAAACAGUGAUAGGAAAUAUACACAAAAUGGGGUAGCUUCUCGACACGAAGGAGUAAGCUUGGCAAACGAACUUGGGUCUGAAAAGUAUAAUUCUGAAACCGGAAGGAUGAGUGCUGCUGGAAACUACAAACGUAAUGUUUUUUGGGAAAUACCACAACAGAAAAUGAAGAAGAUUCUAAUGGAGAAGGCGAGAAAGGAAAUUCAGAAAAAGCUUGAAGAAUGGAAUGUUGCUUCUGAAACAAGGAAUUUGGAAAAGUCAAAGGAUGCUGCUACAGAGAUCAUAGAGAAGGACAAGAAAAAGGCCAAAGAUGGCAUAGAGAAGGAGAACAAAAAGAUUUCAUAUGCUGUAAAACCUGUCAUGAAAAAUGCUAUUCAUGGUGCAAAACCUGGUGCACAAGAAAUUGUUGCUUCUGAUAAAAUUGGCAAAAAGCAUAUCCCUCCUGCUGAUCCAGUUGUGGCUGAUUAUACAGUCUUGAUGAGUGUUCCAGACCCGGACUUCCAUGAUUUCGACGGGGACCGUAUUGAAAAUGCUUUUGGCGCAAACCAGGUGUGGGCUGUUUAUGAUGAGGACGAUGGCAUGCCACGCUACUAUGCUUUGAUUCACGAUGUGAUCUCAAAGAAACCGUUCAACAUGAGAAUUAGCUGGCUUAACUCGAAGACAAACGAUGAAUUGGCUCCAAUAAAGUGGGUUAGUUCUGGCUUUCCCAAGACCUCUGGGGAUUUCAGAAUAAGCAAGCGUGCUGUCUAUAACAGUCUUAACUCCUUUUCGCACAAGGUUCAAUGGACGAAAGGUGCAAGAGGAAUUGUGCAUAUAUAUCCCAAGAAGGGGGAUGUUUGGGCCUUGUACCGGAACUGGUCUGCUGACUGGAACCAAUUUACCAAAGACGAAGUCAUUCAUAAGUAUGACAUGGUGGAAGUGCUGGAAGACUACAAUGAGAAGCAAGGUGUGAAUGUUGCUCCACUUGGUAAAGUUCAGGGUUUCAAGACAGUGUUUUGCCGGAACAGGGAUCCAAGGAGAAUAAAAAACAUUCCAAAGGCAGAGAUGUUUCGCCUCUCGCACCAAGUACCUGCGUACUUGCUCACUGGUCAAGAAGGCCAUAAUGCUCCUAGAGGCUGCUUGGAGCUUGAUCCAGCCGCCACACCUAUGGAACUUCUUCAAGUAGUCACAGAAAUACCCGAGCAAGAAUCGGUAGAUGAAUUUCAGAGCAAAGAGAAUCCCGGGCGUGAUGAGAAGAGUCGAAAAAUUAAGCAAGAAGAUUCUGCUCAGGAAAUUCCAAGAAAGGAAGGGGCUGAAGCAAUUGGAAAGAAAGAUGGUAAGCCUGAUAUUUUGUAUGUAUAUAGGAGAAGACAUCUAAGGGAAAAGAGAGCAAUGUAGUGUGUUACUUGUGAAGAGAUUGUGUUCACCAUAUAGCUUACAAUCAAGAACUCAAAACAAAUUAGAGCAGGAUUUGGAACUUCAAAGUUUUUCUUUUGUUUCUAGUGAUAAAAAAGAAAAGAUAACAGAGUUGGGUGCACUUGUAGAGUUGAU